UACAACCAUAACAAGUAACAACGAGGCUGCCGACCGUUGCUGCCACUCCCUGCCGCUCCCUGUUAAACAUCCCCCCCUCAUUCGAUAAAAUCCUGGACUAAAAGAGAAAAAUCAAAACAUUUCACGUUUAGAGGCUUGACCUGUCACAUCUCUCUAAUCCUUCUUUCUUUCAUGAACAUCUUGUGCAGUUCUGGUCAAUUGCGUCGCUCUUUUUCUCAAUCUACCUUACUUGACAAGUACAAUUUACGAACCGCUUACUUGUACCUUUUCACGCCGCGUGUAAACGCGCUGCACACAUUAGCACGCCCAUCAUGGAUUCCGAUAUCAUGGAGGACUCGGUCUUUGAUGACGACUUCGGCAACGAGUCAGAUGGUUAUACACCAGAGUACUAAUCUUGCCCCUUUACAGAAACCCAAGGCCAAGGCUCCUCCCAAAAAAGCUGCAGCAAAACCAACAGCCAAGGCUGCAUCAAAGAAAAUGGUUCAGACAACCCUAAAAUCGACUAAGACAGCUCCUAAGAAGCGCUCAAAGCCUGAUAGCGACGACGACGAUAACGAUGUCUCGGGCUUCUCCAACACACCCCCGAGCGCGAAGAAGCAGAAGAAAGCUCCUGCCGCUAAGAAAUCCAGCGGUCCGCCCUUAGCUGAGAUAGAGAAUGAUAGCAUGGCGAUCGACAGCCCGGAACAGCCAACUAAGAAGAAAACCGCUACCGAGAUGUAUCAGAAAUUGACACAGUUGGAACACAUCAUCAAGCGACCUGAUACAUACAUUGGAUCUGUUGAACGCACAGAGCAGCAGAUGUGGGUUUUCAGCAAGGAGACCAACCAGAUGGAAUUACGACCCAAGGUUGGCUUUGUGCCCGGUCUCUACAAAAUUUUCGAUGAAAUCCUUGUAAACGCUGCCGACAACAAGCAGCGUGAUCCGAGCAUGACAUUUAUGAAGGUGACGAUCAACCGCCAAGAAGGUCGGAUUACGGUUGAGAACAACGGAAAAGGUAUUCCGGUCGAAAUACACGACAAGGAGAAGGUCUAUAUCCCGGAGUUGGUCUUCGGGCAUCUCUUGGCUGGUUCUAAUUUCGACGAUAAUGAGAAGAAGACUGUGGGUGGUCGAAACGGUUAUGGUGCUAAACUUUGCAACGUCUUCAGUACCGAGUUCACCCUAGAGUGUCAAGACUCUAAGAAUGGGAAGAGAUACAAGCAGACGUGGAGAGACAAUAUGAGCAAGAUGGACAAAGCAAAGAUAUCGAGUAGCAAGUCUAGUGACUUCGUUCGCGUUAGCUUCAAGCCGGACUGGGAGAAGUUUAAAAUGCCAGAUGGUAUCGAUGAUGAUCUCGAAUCUUUGCUCCAUCGUCGAGUCUACGAUAUGGCUGGUACAGUCCGGGGUAUCAAGGUCUAUCUUAACGACAAUCACAUCAAGUUAGACUUCAAGAAGUAUUGCGAGAUGUACGCCAAAGCCAUCGCUCGUGAGCGAGGUGCUGAAGAAGGUACCGAGCCUACUGCCACAGUCAUUCUUGAAGAUAAUAAGGCCCACCGUCAAUGGGAGGUUGCCUUCGCUGUCUCGGAUGGCUCUUUCCAGCAGGUCUCAUUCGUCAAUUCUAUUGCUACUACCACAGGUGGUACUCAUGUCAACUACAUUGCCGACCAGAUCUGCGACUCUCUUCUGAAGACAUUAAAUAAGAAGAAGAAGGGCCAUACUCUAAAGGCCAACCACAUUCGCAACCACAUCUUCAUAUUCGUCAACUGUUUCAUCAACAACCCAGCCUUCACUUCCCAAACCAAAGAGCAGAUGACCACCAAACCCAGCCAGUACGGUAGCAAGUGUGUCCUUACUGAACCGUUUCUCAAGAAAAUUGGCCAGACAGAUGCUCUCAACAACAUCAUCUCGUUUGCGGAGGCUAAAGCCGACAAGAUGUUGGCCAAGAGUGAUGGCAAUAGGCGAUCAAGAAUCAGCAACGCCAAACUUGUCGACGCUAACUUGGCGGGUACCAAGCAUGGUCACGAAUGUACCCUGAUCUUGACCGAAGGUGAUUCCGCCAAGAGUUUGGCUGUCGCGGGUCGUGCAAUCUUGGAUCCAGACCGUAUUGGUGUCUUCCCUCUACGAGGAAAGAUGCUUAACGUCCGUGAUGCCUCAAUUGAUCAAAUUACCAAGAAUCAGGAAAUUCAGAAUAUCAAACAAUUCCUCGGUCUGAAGCACAAGACAGUUUAUACCGAUAACAAAUCCCUCCGAUAUGGACAUCUGAUGAUCAUGGCUGAUCAGGAUCACGAUGGUAGCCAUAUCAAAGGACUUUUGAUCAAUUUCCUACAAGUCCAGUAUCCGUCGCUUCUGAAGAUCCCAGACUUUUUCCAGGAAUUCAUCACGCCCAUCGUGAAGGUAUGGCAGGGAUCAAACCCCAAGAAGCCCCUACGAUUAAAGUCAUUCUUCACCCAACCUGAAUAUGAAGAAUGGAAAGACUCGCACAAAUCCGAGCUGAGAAGAUGGGAGUCGAAGUACUACAAGGGUUUGGGUACAAGCUCAAAUGAGGAUGCCCAAGUCUAUUUCAAUGAUCUUGAUAAUCACUUGAAACAAUUCGGUACCAUGCAGCCGCAAGAAGCCGAAUUAUUCGAGCUCGCUUUCUCCAAGAAGAAGGCAGAUGCUCGAAAGGAAUGGCUUGGCAACUUUGUCCCUGGAACCUAUCUCGAUCAUUCAACUAAGCAGGUCACAUACAACGACUUUGUUAACAAAGAGUUAAUAUUGUUCAGUAUGGCUGACAACAUGCGAUCCAUCCCCUCCGUUGUUGAUGGUCUGAAGCCGGGUCAACGAAAGGUUAUCUACGCUUGCUUGAAACGAAACCUAGUCAAGGACAAGAAGGUCAUUGAAUUGGCUGGUUAUGUCUCUGAACAGACUGCUUACCACCACGGCGAAGUCUCGCUACAGCAAACUAUUAUUGGUUUGGCCCAGAACUACGUCGGCUCCAAUAACGUCAACUGUCUCGAGCCUAGUGGUAACUUCGGUUCUCGACUCGCGGGUGGUUCCGAUGCCGCCAGCGCUCGAUACAUCCACACCCGUCUCUCGCCGUUUGCUCGGCGUGUCUUUUCACCUCUAGAUGAACCCAUUCUAGAAUACCAAGUUGAAGAUGGGAAGAGAAUUGAACCCAAGGUUUAUGUUCCUGUAAUUCCCAUGGUCUUGGUGAAUGGUGCGGAUGGUAUCGGUACAGGUUGGAGUACAUCGAUUCCAAAUUAUCAUCCGACAGAUAUUAUCAGAAACCUAAAGCGCCGUAUGGGACGUAUGGAUGGCGAUGAAGAGAAGCCCUUUGAAACUAUGAUGCCCUGGUUUAGAGGCUGGAGUGGUACCCCACAAGUUGCCGAGGCCAAUCGAUACCAAUUCAAUGGUAUCGCAUUCCAGGACGAAAAGAAGCCUAAUGAGGUGAUUAUUACUGAGUUGCCCAUCCGCAUGUGGACCGAUGAUUUCAAAGCGAGACUAGAAGACAUUAUUCGGGGCGAGAAAACUCCGUCUUUCAUUAAAGAUUAUAAAGAGUUCAACGACCACAAGAAUGUCCGCUUUGAGAUCCAAUUGGAUGAAAAGCACAUGAAGCAAGUCCUAGACGAGGGCCUUCUUGAGAAAUUCAAGUUAAUUAAGCAAGUCGCCACGUCUAAUUUGGUCGCAUUUGAUACUCGUGGAAUGAUCCGCAAGUACGAAAAGGUCGAAGAUAUCAUGGAAGAAUUCUACCAUUACAGAAUGAAGAUCUAUGCUGAUCGCAAGGUUCACUGGAUUGGGGUGUAUGAUCAGGAUUUCCGCAAGUUAAAGAACCAGGCCAGGUUCAUUCAAGAAAUCAUGGACGGCAAACUAGUGGUAUCCCGCAAGAAGAAGCAAGUCAUUGUUGAAGAGCUUCGUGAACGGAAGUAUGAAUCUUUCCCAAGAGGCCAGGACGCAAAGAAGACCAAGUCGGAGGAUGAUGAGGAAGAAGGCAAUGACGAAGAGGACGAUAUCGCGACGGAUAUCGCGGCAAACGGCUACGAUUAUCUUCUUUCUAUGCCCAUCUGGUCGUUUACCCAAGAACGACUUGAUCGUCUCAAAGAUCAAAUCGGCAAGAAGAAGGCCGAACGUGAUGCCCUCGAAGCGCUUAGCGAGAAGGAUCUUUGGUGCAGGGACCUUGACGACUUUGAAGCUGAAUGGGAGAAUCAGAUACGCCUAGACGCCGAGAUUACGACUGGCAUCCGUAGAAUGGGACGCCGCACGUCAAAGAAGAUCGGUGCUGGGCGUGGCCGUAAGGCAAAGGGCGAUGAUGAUUAUGCUCCAGUCGCAAGGUCAAGGCCCGGUCCUAAAGCUAAAGCUAAAGAAAAGGAGCCGCCCAAGGAGAAAUCUGUUCAACGGUUCGCCGCCAUGUUCAAUGGUGACGCUAAGAAGAAAGAGAACAAGCCCGUUGCCAAGACAGAAGACUCAGACUCAGAUCCAUUCUCGGAUGGUGAUUUCGCCAAGCUCAAGAAUCCAGUCAAGAAGGAGAAAGUGGAAGAUCUGGACUCAGAUGUAGAGGUACAACCUAAUCCUCGAUCUAAACGAGCUGCGGCUACAAAGGCCAAGACUUGGAUUGUGGAUGAUGAGUCAGACAGCGACGACGACGACAAAAUGCUUGGCGACGUUGGCGAUCUAGUCAAGGGUAUCUCAAAUGGGAACACCAGCGCCUCCGAGAAUAAGACUGGCAGACUUAGUUUGUUUUCCAUGUCGCGACCAGAUAGUAGCAAUGGUAACAGCGCUGGCUUGAAAGUCAAGAGCAAAGCUUCGAAGACCUUCGAUUUGGACGACCAUGACGACACUAACUAUGAAAUGCUAGCCAAGUCCUCACCUCAUAAGAACGCUCGUAAAGACGAGUUAGAUAGCUUCCUUUCUGACGAUGACCCGCCUCCUGUCACCAAGGUUGUAAGCAAACCGAAGCCUUCGACUUUGUCUGAAGAAUCCAAACCUAAGUCGAGGGUUACCUCUGCUACCAGCAGCGCCGCUGCAUCCAAGAAGAGCCGUGGCCGACCUACAGGAGCGAAGAGCAAAUCUAAGGAGGACGCAGCCCCCGUGAAAAAGACGGCAGCGGCCAAGUCUACGAACUUGUCACCGGCGGCAAAGGCCUAUGCCGCCAAGAAGGAGAAAGCCAAACCUAAGAAAAAUGUCUUCGAUAUGGAUGACGAUGAAGACGAUGAUAUUGAGAUAGCUGAUCCCGAUUCUCCACCGCCCAGACCUGCGGCACGUGGCAGACCUGGGCGUGCGGCUGCGGCUAAGUCCAAGCCAGUCUAUGUUCUCGACGAUGAUAAUGAUGACGAGGAUGAUGAUGACUUGCAGGUGGUUCCUGACGACGAUGACGAUGAUGGAGGACAGAGUGACGAGUUUGCUAUGGACGACAGCGAUUGAUCCUCAUAAUCUUCGCAAUGCUACCAAUCACACAGCCGCCACCUGCAACCUGACUUAGUCGCAUUAUACUAAGAUCUCGGACCACAAGUUGGCCUAGAUCUGGUUAUUUCCAUAAAAGCAUCAAUGAAGAAUGAAGGCGACGCGUUCAUCUAGGGUUUUCCACAAUGGGGGUGGUGUUUUAUAUCGGUAGGGGGUGGGGCUGGCGACUGAGUAACGAAUAACCACGGCGUUAAUGGCCUUUCGAUCUAUUUAAUCGGUAUAAGGCGUGUUUUUCUUGUUACUUCGCCUUUCCUAAUAUAUUUCAUAUGUAUGUAUAUUACAUAGGCAAAGGCCUUUUUCAUGAACUCUGAUAUAAAAUUGCGAUCGUUGAAUCAUUUGAGCUGGCUAAAUUUAUAUCAUAAUCAUUGCAUCCGUGGUAGCGCAUCGCUUUGUGAAACUUAGUUUCUAACUACUUUGAUUCCAAAAUUUCUUACAUUAGGCUAGAACAAUAGAUCCACGUACGUAGAUUGGCCCUUCUGGAAGUACGCUUAGUCAGCUAGGAACUUGAAUGAAAGAAAAUCGUAUGUGUUAGGAGGCUUA